AUGAAACACUGACUGAAUGGAUUUGGGUGGAGAGUGAGCGCUUGUGACGUCCGAACCGAGCAUCAGUCUGCAUCUAAGAUUUAUUCCAGAAACCGACUCCACCUGUUCAGAAAAAGCGACCCUGAAACCACACGUCGCUUUUUAAACGUCUCUCUAAAUUUGGAAAUGGAUUUAUAUGGAAAGAUGGCAACCACUCAAGAUGGAAAACAGAAAGAUAACUCAGAUCAAAACUUUGACUAUAUGUUCAAACUGUUGAUCAUCGGGAACAGUAGUGCUGGUAAGACGUCAUUCCUGUUCCGUUACGCCGAUGACUCGUUUACAUCAGCUUUCGUCAGCACAGUAGGGAUCGACUUCAGGGUCAAAACCGUGUACAGGAACGACAAGAGCAUCAAGUUGCAGAUCUGGGACACAGCAGGCCAGGAGCGCUACAGGACCAUUACUACAGCUUACUAUCGUGGAGCCAUGGGAUUCAUUCUCAUGUAUGAUAUCACUAAUGAAGAGUCCUUCGCAGCUGUGCAAGACUGGUCAACUCAGAUUAAGACCUACUCAUGGGACAAUGCCCAGGUGGUCCUCGUUGGAAAUAAAUGUGACAUGGAGGAGGAGAGGAUAGUGUCUGUGGACAGUGGAAGACUUCUGGCAGAACAGCUGGGGUUUGAGUUCUUCGAGACAAGUGCGAAGGACAAUAUUAACGUCAAGCAGACCUUUGAGUGCCUGGUAGAUGUUAUCUGUGAUAAAAUGGCUGACAGUCUUGAGACCAACCCUGCUGAAUCUACUGGCGCAACCACAGCCAAACUGACCGACAGCGAUGUGCCGCCCCAGCAGUCCGAGUGCAGCUGCUAGUGAUAACUAAACAGGCUGUAAGUGUGUAUGUGUGUGUUUGUGUGUAUGUGCGUAUGGUUUCUGUGCUAUUGCCAAUCUUUCAGACAAAAAAAUACAUCACCGAACCCUAAGGUCAAAAUGUAGUUUAGCGAGAAGCUUCGCAAAAUUUUUUGGAAAAAAAAUAGGAACGGUUUUCUCUAACUCUCUCUAUCUCUAACUCUAGGAUUAUCUGUGCGGAACUCUUAGUUUAGAUUGGUGAAAAACUCAUAGAUAUGGUGAUGUUGUGCCAAAAUAUCACAGUGUCAGAGGUCCCCUGUGUGAUUAUAUCACUGUAAAGGCCUUAAAUUAUGCACUGAGGUUUAGAUAAUCGCAGUAGAUCUCCUAAACUGCGCAAUACGCUGUUUGUGUCAUUUAAGAUGAAAAAAAUAAAAAAUAAAAAAGCCAUGAACUGAAAUAGCAGCUGUGCUUAUUCCCACUCGCCUCAGGGGAAUUACUUAUGUGACUAUUGAUUUCUUUCUACCUAAUGUACAUAUAUAAUUGGUAAGCUUUUGUUAUAUCCUAACUAACGAGUGUUUUGUUGAUUGAAGUCUAUUACAAUAUGUAUUAAAAUGCUAUGCCAUUAUAAGUGAAUAAA